AUGGGUUAUUGCAUCAACAAUUCCAGUGAAAAGAAAGACAAUGGGUCAGCAUGGCAUAUGGAAUAUGGGUGUGGUGAAGCUGGAAAGAUAUUUGAAGUCAACAAUGGCCAUGAAAAUGCAGGUGAAUUGUCACAAGCAUGGCUUUUUGAGAUACUGACUCAGGUCUCUGAGUUUGGUGCAAAAGUCCUUCCAACAAUAAGCUUAGUAUGGAAAGCAAAGGCAAUGGUGAAAAAUGUAAUCAAAUUAAUGGAAGAAGAACAGCUCAAAAUGGCACAGAACCAUGAUGAAAGAGAUGAAAGUGGUUUUAUGACUCUAGAAACUUUUCUAUUAACCAAUAUGGCGCCUCAAAUUGGAGUUGGAUUUAAUAGAAGUUAUUGGGCCCAUCUAGAAGAAUUUUGUAGAAGGCUUAUAUAUAUACUGGAACAGCUUAUUUACCAAAAAAGAUCAAAUACAGGAAAAUUUUAUGUUGAAGUUAUAGGAGAUCCACCAAAUAUUUCUGUGCCAACACAUUUUUAUAAAGAUGAUGAUGGUAAAAUUUAUGCAUUAGCAACAUUUGUUUUACCAAAUGAAAAUAUACCAUCAUCAAUAUUAAUAUCCAAUUUAUCAGUACCUUUGGAUACUUUGGAAAGAGCAACUGGAUUAAUAUUUUAUUAA